AUGUGGCUCAUUAAUACGACAGACUUGUCCAUCCAAUUCUUUCAAGGCGAAACUACUCCUGCAUACGCCAUCCUCUCACACACAUGGGAAGCCGACGAGGUGUCGUUUCAAGAGUUUCGACAACUGAGCGACGACAGACACUCACCACACGACAAAAUCUUGAGAAAACAGGGCUACCGCAAAAUUGCCGCGGCCUGCAACCGGGCGCGUAAAGAUGGACAUCUCUACGUAUGGGUCGACACAUGUUGCAUCGAUAAAACAAGCAGCGCAGAGCUUACCGAGGCGAUCAACUCCAUGUUCCGCUGGUACAAGGAAUCGCAGGUCUGUUACGCAUAUCUAAGCGACGUCACCGUUGAUGCAGAAGAACUUGCAUCUUCAAGCCAGAAAUUGGAGGAAUGUCUUAGUCAAUGUCGAUGGUUUACUCGCGGCUGGUGUUUGCAGGAACUUCUCGCACCACAGAAAAUCCGAUUCUUCAACCGGCAAUGGCAAGAGUUUGCGACCAAGAAUACACUGAGCAUGUACAUAUCGAAACUUACUGCUAUUCCUGAAUCAGUUCUCGUCACACCGCCUAGAUGUGAUAUCCACGAUUUCCCAAUAGCACGUCGCAUAUCAUGGAUUGCAAAACGUCAGACUACAAGAGUCGAGGACAUGUCAUACAGCCUACUGGGUAUUUUGGACAUUAACAUGCCAAUGCUAUAUGGCGAAGGACACAUGGCCUUUCGACGGCUCCAGGAAGAGAUUAUUAGAAAGUACAACGACAUGUCAAUCUUUGCUUGGACUGAAGAGCCGACAGCAUCCCCUUACAUGCGUGUUUUAGCUCCUUCGCCAUCUUGUUUCAGAGCAGGUCCUAUCCGAGACGACAAUGCUAGAAACGACUCUGUCAGUCAACUCGGUGACAGGCUAAGGACUCAAUUCUCAAUCACAAACCAAGGAGUAUAUUUCCCCAACGCGACGAUAUACUCGCAAAACGCAGUCCGAGGUCACCGGUACCACUACGUCAUGAUUUUGAAUUACCGAGACCCCUCUUUCCGCGGCAUCAUAGACAAGGACUGGUACAUUGUCCUGCAAAAAGUUGGACCAGGCUUAUUUGUUCGUUUGCGCGAUACUAUUGACCGUCUGAAAGCCUUCCGCGGCAGACCGCUUCACGACCCGUGCCACGAACCAGUUUGCAUCAUCAACAACCUCUCCGAUUCGAUGACCAAACAGCUUUCCAUGUGGGAGCGUCACGCUGUGCGACUACGCUGGAAGCCAUGGGAGAAAUCGGGGCGCAAGUACUGGCACAUCCGGGCGACUGAACCUAGGGCUAACUGGGACCUUAUCGGGGGUCAGUUUCUUGUUGAGAUGGCCUCCGAGCGGUACAUGCACAUCGAAUUCGUGCCGGGAAACUAUAAAUCGAAUCCGAAUUUCGAGUAUUUCGUGCUGGUUAUACAAGUUGGCGAUGAUGGGGGAAGGGACCCGAGUAGGAUAUCAGUACGGAUUGUGGACAGUAAGAUUUGGCCGGGAGUCAAUGCCACGCCUUUCCAGUUUGCAUCGAAAGAAGCAUUGGCUCUUCAAGCGAUUCCGCCGAAGGAAAUGGGAGACAGUCGACCAGAAUGGAUAUCGAUGGUGGGAUAUGAGAUGACGGUGUCGGUGCAACAGGUCAACCAGUGGAAUGACGUGCCCUAUCAUCUUGUACAUAUAGAUUGGCGGGAGAGCAAACCUGACCGGCGGUCCAGCAGGCCAAUGCCCAUGUAG